UUAACCUAUUGAAGAGACUAGUUAGCUUUAGCUUCAUUAGCUCGCUUUAACAAUUGAGUGUGUAGGUUCGUCACUGUCGAAGAUUUCAAUUUUUAUUUGUUAUUAUUUUCAUUAUUUUAUUUGUUGUUUUACGUCACACAUUAGGUUCACAUGUGGACGACAAGUUGCUACUUUCGAUGUUUGUCGUCUGUUCAGUUCCGUUGGCAACCGGUUAGCUGGAUUCAUAGUUUAUUGUUCAAUUUUAACCAAAGUUUUCACAUCAUCUAGCAAUGCGCGUCAACAUUUACUUUGACGUUUUGUGCCAAAAUUCCAUUUUACGACCGAAGUAACGUGUGAAGACAGUGCGGCUUCUUGUAGAUCACCGUAAAAGAUGGAAGGCAGGAGCUCUUCCUCUGGCAACCCCCUGGAGCUGGCGCUCCCGGGUCAGCAGGGCUCUUGGUCGGUGGUGAGCCGAUUCCAGCAGCGCUACUGGAAAACAAAGCAGACGCUCAUCAGGGCGAGCGGCAAGAAGGAGGACCAGCACCUGGUGGCCUCUGACGCCGACCUGGACGCCAAGCUGGAGGUGUUUCACUCAAUCCAGAGGACGUGCAUGGAGCUACUGAAGGUGAUCGAGCAGUACCAGAGGAGGAUCUGCUUCCUUUCCCAGGAGGAGAACGAGCUGGGUCGCUUCCUGCGCUCUCGGGGCUCUCAGGACAAAAGCCGGGCAGGAAAGAUCAUGCAGGCCAGCGGCAAAGCCCUCUGCUUCUCCUCCCAGCAGAGAGCGGCGCUGAGGAAGCCUCUGUGCCGCCUGUACCAGGAGGUGGAGACGUUCCGCUUCCGGGCCGUCUCGGACACGUGGCUGACGGUCGAGCGCAUGGAGAAGAGCCGUACCGACUACCGGGGAGCGCUGCUGUGGAUGAAGGACGUCUCGGCCGAGCUGGACCCGGACACGCGCAAGCAGAUGGACAAGUUUCGCAAGGUCCAGGCCGAGGUCCGCUCCACCAAGAGCAUCUUCGACCAGCUGAAGACGGACGUGUGUCAGAAGGUGGACCUGCUGGGCGCCAGUCGCUGCAACCUGCUGUCCCACGUGCUCGCCACCUACCAGACCACCCUGCUGCACUUCUGGGAGAAGACGUCUCACACCAUGGCCGCCAUCCACGAGAACUUCAGAGGGUGCCCGCGCGACGAGGAACCGUCAAGGCGCAAGAAGAAGAGGAAGAAAAAUAAAACGGAGCCAAGCGAAGACGACAAGUCCACGUGUGAAGAAUUGAUCUCGCUGGGGAAUGAAAGCAGCAGUGGGACAACACAGGAAGUCACCGGAGAAGCGGACGUGACACGACGGGACCUCGCGGCCGACGAGGACGACACCUCGGCCCUGCUGGAGGAGAUCCUGGGAGGCGUGUCGCUUCACGACCCCUCCCCCGCGUCCCCGUCGUGGAGUCCGGUGUUCGGAGACGCCGGGGACGGGGGGGCCGCCGCGGACCCCCGCUCGCUUUUUCUGCCAUCGCAGCUCCUGGACCAGGACUUGAACCUGCUGCAGUCUGCCGCUGCUGCAGCUUUUCCACUCACAGAGGGGGCCGGGCCCGACGCGCAGACUGUCGCCAUGGCAACAGAACACCCUCAAGGAGCCGGUGGAUCGAAUGCGAGUGGUUCCGGACCGUCCAAGGACCUGUCUGCGUGGUUCAACCUGUUAGCAGACUUGGACCCGCUGGCCAACCCGGACGCGCUGGGCAAAAGCCUCGCCGAGCAACAACUUCACAACGCUUAGCGACCCCCCCCACAAGCAUUUGCUUUUGCUCCAAAGCCAUCAAGAAGCAACACCUCCCUCAAAUAGAAAAGGUGCAAGUAGAAGUGGGCGGGGGUCGGAGGAUACCUGAAGGAAAACUUGGGACUGGAUUUCUGAGGGAGGUUUCACUUGACGCUAACCCAAAGAUACUCGAAAAUAAAACAAAACGCUGCUGUGGGGGAAAUGAUAAAAAGAUAUCGCGACAGCCUGUUGAAUUUCAUCCCCCUUGAAGAUGAUUUUGGAAAGAGAAAAAUUUGUUCACAACCUGGGACUAUAAAGAAUAUGUAACAUCUCCAAAUAAUAAGCUUCUUUCAGCUUGUCCUGUUUGGGGUCAACGCAAUGACAUCUCAGAUGAACGCUCAUAUUUGAAUGCCAGAGAUUCCGUUCCUGACGUGGGCCCCAAUCGGAUUUGAACUCACAACCCCUGGUUUACCAAACCAAUGCUCUAACCGCUGAGCUCUGGGGCCUCAAGACUAAAGUCUCCAGAUACAAUGUAGAAAGAAAAAAAAAAAAGCUUUAUUUUUUUUUUCUCAACAUUUUUCUCUCCCUCAAAAAUUGAAAACAUAAUAAAUACGAAAAGUUCUUUGGGGGGGGGGGGAAUAUAUAUAUAUAAAAAAGUAAAAGCCAAAUUGACAAAUGAUUAAUAUGAAAAAAAAAAAUCAAAUGACUCAUCUUUGAAUUCAGAGACAUCCAUUUUAUUGAUUAGUAAAAGACUUUUUGACCCCUCGCCCCCACCACCACAAAAAAAAAAAUCAAUUCUAAAUAGAAUAUUUUCCCCCAUGGAAAAUGACAUUUUUUGGGGGGCAUUCUUAGAAAGUAUGACUUUUUUUUUUUACCCCACAAUCAAAUGAAAUGUGACUUCUUCCCCCUCCCUGAAAUCCUGACAAAUUGACCUUUACCCUCCCACAAGUUUUCCCUGUCAUUUUUAUUCCCUUCUGAAACAAAAAUGUAUUUAUUAUUUUUCUGUCUUUCUCAAAACUUCACUUUUGCUGUUUUUCAAAUGUCGGCAGCAUAUUUGAAAGGCUGACUUCGAAAGCUGGAUAUGACUUUGCGGUUAAAUUAUGUUGCAGCCCGCUACGGAUAAGCAGCAGAACGAAAGAUGAACGAACGCCAUUUUGUUUCGAGGCGCGUCAAACGACCGACUCGGCCAGUAAAGUUUUUCUCCAGGAAAAAUAGGGCUACAUGCUGUGCCAUUUAUUAGGUACAGCCAGGUGACGAUUAGGCGUGUGGCCCGAUUGGUUCGGAACACAAUCGCAUCCCUUUUUGCUCCUCAGAAAAUGGGACAAAACCAUACUUCCACCCCCAGGGGGAAAAAAAAAAAAAAUACUACUAAUUACUACUAAUACUUGUAAACCAUUUCUUUGCUGGAAAACAUUUUCAAUUUGUAAAACAAAAUACAACUUCCUCUCAAAUACAAACCAAAAUAACAUUUCUCUGAAAUUACAGUGGAAAAAAAAAAACGUGGAAAUGCACGACUUUUUCUUCCCAGUAAAGUUUUCACAUUUUUAAUUCUCUUUAGAAAAAUAUUUUCCCACUAUAUUAAACUUCUUGAAAGUUGUUUUGCGUGGGAUGUUAAAAAGGCCACUUUUCCAGAAUUUAAGCAAUUUUUUUUUUCCAAGAAAAAAAAAACAUCUUGAAAAUAGGUUUUCUGGAAAUGUUAAUUUUUGGGAAAACAAAAACAAAAAAAAAAAAACCUCUCUCUCAGAGCUUUCACCACCCAAGCCCCACUUUUUUUUCCCCCUUAAUAUUAUUCUCUCCCUCAAAUAUUAGUUUCAAAACAUUAAAUACGAAAAGUUAUUGGACAAGACAUUCUGACAGGACGAGGCAAAAGCGACAUCAAUUUUGGGAACAAAUGGCCGACAAGCGUGCACUUGGGUCGCCUUUAUUGGAAAAAGAAGAACAAGUCAAGAGUGGACAGGAGAAGCCCAGAGAUGUCCAAACGCGUGCUGCGUGUAAAUAUGAAAUAUGCAUCUGGCCGGCGGAAUGCAAUCGCUAACAAUCGUCAGCGUGUCAACAAAAACAUCCAGGACGCCCUCCAUGUUUUCAUUAUUUUCAACUGAAAAUUGGUCUCAACUUUUAGGAGGGGGGGGAAAAAAAAAAGAUCAGAACGAUCAAUAAGUGCUUUCACGUGGUUCAGCGCCUGUGCUACAAAUAUCGAUUCACAAAGCAAACAUCAUGAUACACACUUCUUUAUGACAAAAAAAUAAUUUUGCCAGCCACCACUUCCCUACAAAGAAAACAAAUAGAAGAAUAAAGCAGUCACCUUAUGAGAAGUUGUAGAAUAUAUGUAUUUUUUGGGGGGGGGGGAA